UCAUAGUGAUGUCAAACACUACUAGAACACAGGACAAACCUUACCCACACUGUGUCUCACUGAACAAGAAGAACAUCAGAUAUGAAAAAUGACGAUGUUGCAUGACCUGCUACACUACCACAGAGAAACGGGAGGAAAGACAAUCUUAUCAAGAACCUUUGAGUCCAAUGAGGUACUGACUGCAUUUCAAAUUCCUUCACCUCCAACUGUUUUGCAAGACAGAUAUGAAGAGUUCAGGGAAUCCCUUCAUCACUGCAAGCUUCCUGGGGGAACAGAAAGGGAGCAUGGAGGAACUGUUCUUCCUGUAUUGCCAAAAGACCACAGGUCACCGUGCACACUUGUGAGAGGACAUCUUCAUUUUGGUAGUGAUGUAUUCCCUUGGCCAAGAGGCCUUCCCAUUGAGCAGUACUAUGAUGUCACCCUGCUGAAAAAAAGUGAUGUGCGUAUGAAUGAUGAUCUACUUUGUAAGCCACCAAGCAGUUUGGCUAAACCGCUGAGCCUGCCGUUUCCCACCUCUCAUCCCUACCAGACACACAUCUCUAGGUAUGCCAUGUUCCCAGACUUCAGAUCACCUGAGGAUCGAGACACUGGAACUGAUGCAAGCAGUUGCCAGCCUUUCCAUUCUAAUAUCCCUUGCAAGGCUUUUGACAUGGUUGUUCUAAGGAAGACCAGAGGUAACCCAUACAGGCAUGAAGUUGUCGGCACUCCCUUUGACUCCCUGAAGGAGGCUUUGUGCUGUUCAAGACAGCACGCAUGCUUGCAACUUCCUAAAUUCUCUGAAGAAAAGGAUCAAAUAUACUAUCCAAAUCCAUCAAAAAUUGUGGCCCCUAAUUCCACUUUUAGAGAGUUAGAACAUAAGGUCUCUUCAAGAACAAGCAAUAUACUACAAAACCUUGAAAGAGCUCAGUGGAUCACAACAUACAAUCGAAACUUCACAGGAAGAGGUCCUAUGAAUCCCCUUAUCCUGGAUGAUUACUACAUGAAAGCAGUUGGCAGAUUAACUGGAGAACUUGGUACAGAUGUGGAACUUAAAGAAACAUUCGUGUCUAGUCUCUCACAAGUGAGGCCGCUUGGAGGGCGCACGGUGCGUUUGCUGCAAGGCCGCCGUCCCCGUGAAUCUGUUCUGCAGGGACAGCACUGCUGCCACGAGCAGGCCAAACCGCCUCAGGUAUCCCAACAGAAAGACCACUAUCUGGAUGCAGGGCUACCAAUAAGCACAUUUCAGAAAAUCAUUGAUAGAAAGCAAGCGGAAGCACUGUCCCAGGGGCAGUUUUCAGGAAGGCCUGAACUUCAGUCCCUUCCAGAGUCUGCACAUUCUCUUUCCUGGGAAGAUUUAAAGACCAAACAUUUGGACCAACAUACAAUAUGGGCAAACCCACUUAGUGAGGCAGUCUUACCGCAGGAUGGAAACAGGGAGGAAAGCAAAAUUGUAUUGCACAAGCUCUGGAACCAAGAAGCAAGUGAGCCUGCAUGGAGACCAGAGGACAGACUAAGAGAGGUGGCACUGCCUGAGUGGAUCCCUGGCUCUGAGGUUGCUCGGCGCCAAACAGUGCUGCUGGAGCUGCAGGAUUCCUUCUCAAAGACAGCGGCACAAAAACGUUUUCACGAUUCUAUCAACGGAGAGACAAAAGAUCUCAGAGAUAACAUUAAUGAGGGAAGGAGACAUGAAUUCUAUGGUUUCAAUGCUUUUUAUUUCCAUAACUGAUACAUUCACUGGUAUUUUAAAAAUAUUAACAAAUAAAGAAGCACUUCAAUACAACCUGCCUAUUC